AUGCAACUCCUCCCGCUCCUCGUGGGUUUUUCCACUUUGCUGAAUUGUGCCUUCCCUCAAAAUUGCACCAAGAAGCCCUGUCUCCCAAACGCAAAAUGUGAAAUACGGAAUGGAGUUGAAGCCUGUUAUUGCAACAUGGGAUUUUCAGGAAAUGGUGUCACAAUUUGUGAAGAUGACAACGAGUGUGCAAAUUUAACACAGUCCUGUGGUGAAAAUGCUAACUGCACCAACACAGAGGGAAGUUACUACUGUAUGUGUGUACCUGGUUUUAGAUCCAGCAGUAACCAAGACAAGUUUAUCACUAAUGAUGGAACCAUCUGCAUAGAAGUGAAUGCAGACUGCCAUUUAGAUGAUGCCUGUAUUGCUGCAAAUAUUGAUAAAACUUUAAGAAAAAUUAGACGCAUAAAAGAACCUGUGGCUUUGCUACAAGAAGUCUAUAGGAAUUCUGUGAAAGAUCUUUCACCAAUGGAUAUAAUUACAUAUAUAGAAGUAUUAGCUGAAUCAUCCCCAUUACUGGAUUACAUGAAUACUACUAACUCAGCCAAGGAUGCCCUUUCUAAUUCAACUCUUACUGAGUUUAUAAAAACUGUGAAUAAUUUUGUUCAAAAAGAUACGUUUAUAGUUUGGGACAAGUUACCUGUGAAUCAUAGAAGAACGCAUCUUACAAAACUGAUGCAUGCUGCCAAACAAGCUAUCUUAAGGAUAUCUCAGAACUUCCAAAAGACCACUCAAUUUGAUACUAAUUCAAGUGAUGUAGCUCUCAGAACUUUCUUUUUUGAUUCAUAUCACAUGAAACAUAUUCAUCCCCAUAUGAAUGUGGACGGAGAUUAUAUAAAGAUAUUUCCAAAGAGAAAAGCUGCAUAUGAUUCAGAUGGCAAUGCUACAGUUGCAUUUUUAUAUUAUAAAAGUAUUGGUCCCUUGUUUUCAUCGUCUGACAACUUCUUAUUGGAACCUCAAAGUCAUGAUAAUUCUGAAGAGGAGGGAAGAGUCAUCUCUUCAGUAAUCUCAGUCUCAAUUAGCUCAAACCCACCCACAUUGUAUGAACUCGAAAAAAUAACAUUUACAUUAAGUCACAUAAAGAUCACAGAUAAGUCUAGGAGUCAAUGUGUAUUUUGGAACUACUCUCCUGACACCAUGAAUGGCAGCUGGUCCUCGGAGGGCUGUGAGCUGAUGUACUCUAAUGAGACCCACACCUCUUGCCGCUGUAAUCACCUGACACAUUUUGCAAUUCUGAUGUCUUCUGGUCCUUCCAUUGGUAUUAAAGAUUACAAUAUUCUUACAAGGAUCACUCAACUAGGAAUAAUUAUUUCACUCAUUUGCCUUGCCAUAUGCAUUUUUACCUUCUGGUUCUUCAGUGAAAUUCAAAGCACCAGGACAACAAUUCACAAAAAUCUCUGCUGUAACUUAUUCCUUGCUGAACUUGUUUUUCUUGUUGGGAUCAAUACAAAUACUAAUAAGCUCUUCUGUUCAAUCAUUGCUGGGCUGCUGCAUUACUUCUUCUUAGCUGCCUUUGCGUGGAUGUGCAUUGAGGGCAUCCACCUCUAUCUCAUUGUUGUAGGAGUCAUCUACAACAAGGGAUUUUUGCACAAGAAUUUUUAUAUCUUUGGCUAUCUCAGCCCAGCUGUGGUAGUUGGAUUUUCAGCAUCAUUAGGAUAUAGAUAUUAUGGCACCACCAAAGUAUGUUGGCUUAGCACAGAAAACAACUUUAUCUGGAGUUUUAUAGGACCAGCAUGUCUAAUCAUUCUUGUUAAUCUCUUGGCUUUCGGAUUUAUUAUAUACAAAGUUUUUCGCCACACUGCAGGGUUGAAACCAGAAGUUAGUUGCUAUGAGAACAUAAGGUCUUGUGCCAGAGGAGCCCUUGCUCUCCUGUUCCUUCUUGGCACCACCUGGGUCUUUGGGGUUCUCCACGUUGUCCACGCAUCAGUGGUGACAGCUUACCUCUUCACCGUCAGCAAUGCCUUCCAGGGGAUGUUCAUUUUCUUAUUCCUGUGUGUUUUAUCUAGAAAGAUCCAAGAAGAAUAUUAUAGAUUGUUCAAAAAUGUCCCUUGUUGUUUUGGAUGUUUAAGGUAA